AUGUCAAUGACAGGUCAGGGCUCCAGCAAUGUCGAUGAACCCUUAGCGGCACACACCAAUCCGCAAGACGAUUUUGGGUUCCCUGAGUCUCCAGAAGCUAAUCGCGGCGCGGAGGGACUUAAUGAGCCGAUAUCUUUCAAACCCAAAAAAACGAGACAGUCACGAUUCAGUUUGUCCAAUCUAUUUUUGAAUACCGCAGGCGGUUCAGGCAACACACCAUUCGGCUUCUCCGCGACAGGGACCCAAGGUGGACAGAAUGGGGAUGCUUCGCCGUUAGAUACAUAUGGGCCAUUGGGCCCAAAUACCGAUCCCAAUUCUUCAAAAGACGGUGUGCCCUCGGAUUGGUAUGUGGAAGGUCCUGGCCGCCGCGUUGGUUACGACGACUUCUCAGCAAUCGAUUGGAUCUAUGAAUACACCAAAGAACGCCAACGGAAACGGCUGCUAUAUUCCAGCGGACAAGGGAUCUUGGGUCAUUUCCGUCGCCUUCUCGAUGCCAGCAAUGUGUGGCUGGUUUUGGUUGCAACUGGUAUUGCAGUCGGAAUCAUUGCCGCCGCCAUCGAUAUUGCGACAGACUGGCUAGGUGAUCUUAAAACUGGCUAUUGCAAGAGUGGUCAAGGAGGUGGCAGGUUUUACUUGAAUCGAAGCUUUUGCUGCUGGGGUCUGGAUGAUUAUUCCAAAUGCUUGGAUUGGACACCAUGGGGGACUGCAUUAGGAGCAUCCUCUAAGGGAGGACAAUACACUGUUGAGUAUAUCUUCUAUAUCCUCUUUUCAGUGGUUUUUGCUUUCUGCGCGUGCAUCCUGGUUCGUAGAUUUGCCAUCUACGCAAGGCAUAGCGGAAUCCCUGAGAUCAAGACCGUUCUCGGAGGCACGGUCAUCCGGCAUUUUAUGGGCCCCUGGACCUUGGCCAUUAAGUCACUUGGACUGUGUUUAUCUGUCGCAUCCGGCCUAUGGCUCGGAAAGGAAGGCCCACUGGUGCAUGUUGCAUGCUGCUGCGCGAAUAUUAUGAUGAAACCUUUUGACAGUCUGAACGGGAACGAAGCCCGAAAACGGGAAGUGCUUUCUGCAGCCGCCGCUGCAGGUAUCUCGGUUGCAUUCGGUGCCCCUAUCGGUGGUGUGCUUUUCAGCUUGGAGCAACUUUCGUACUACUUUCCUGACAAAACAAUGUGGCAAAGUUUUGUUUGCGCUAUGGUUGCUGCCGUCACACUACAAGCUUUGAACCCUUUUCGAACAGGCAAAAUUGUGCUCUACCAAGUCACCUAUACCCGAGGCUGGCACCGCUUUGAAGUUAUCCCAUUCAUCAUACUUGGUAUUGUGGGCGGUCUCUUUGGAGCUUUCCUCAUUCGUCUGAAUGUUAAAGUUGCCAAAUGGCGGCGAUCCCGAACUUCUUCAAAGCCAGUCAUUGAAGUUGCUGUAGUAGCACUUCUCACUGCUCUAAUCAACUUCCCGAAUCACUUUAUGAGAGCUCAGAACUCGGAACUGGUUCAAGCCCUGUUUGCUGAGUGCAACAGCGAUACAACCGAUACAUUUGGCCUAUGCGUUACCGGAACUAAGUCGGCAUUUGGUGUCGUCGCUCUUCUUUUGGUAGCCGCUGUUCUCGCAUUUUUCCUCGCCUCCCUGACUUUUGGACUCGAUAUCCCAGCCGGUAUCAUUUUGCCCUCUGUGGCUAUUGGUGCAAUGUACGGACGUGCAUUAGGUAUUCUUGUCCGCAUGCUGCAAGAAGCCUAUCCAAAGGCAUUGCUCUUCAGCAAGUGCGAGCCUGACAUUCCAUGUGUAACGCCUGGCCUAUACGCGAUUAUCGGUGCUGCUUCUGCGCUAGGUGGUGCGACUCGGAUGACCCUUUCGAUCGUGGUCAUCAUGUUUGAGUUGACGGGAGCCUUGACUUAUGUCAUUCCAAUCAUGAUUGCCGUGAUGCUGUCAAAGUGGUGCGGCGACAUCUUCGGGAAACGUGGUAUAUACGAAUCUUGGAUUCAACUCAAUGAAUACCCCUUCCUUGAUCACCGGGAUGACACUAAUCCCCCAGACGUACCUGCUCUCCGGGUCAUGACCACUGUCGACGACAUUUCGGUCAUUACAGCUACAGGCCAUACUAUCGAUUCGCUUCGAGGGCUUUUGACCAAUACCACCUACCGAGGCUUCCCUGUAAUCUCGGAGACAUCAACUCCAACUUUGCUCGGGUAUAUCACACGGAACGAACUUUCAUAUGCUCUGGGAUAUUCAACUUCGCCUACAAACCGAAGUCUCACCGGCGAAACUCAGGUCUUCUUCGUCCAUCAACCAUUUGCUGAUCCUGUCGAAACGCUGGAUCUUCGGCCAUGGAUGGAUCAAACUCCUAUCACUCUCAACAGCAAUAUUAGCUUCUUGAUCGUGCUACGAAUGUUCCAGCGCCUCGGUCUCCGCUAUGUGCUCUUCGCAAAUAAGGGUAUUCUCCAAGGCUUGCUGACGAAGAAAGACGUCUGGUCAGUGCUCAAUGGUGUGGAGUUUCGGCGCCAGGAGGCUCUUCGAGGUGAUCAUUUCGAUGAAGAUCAUAACGGCACCGAAGAAGAAGGACUGCUUCACGAAACAAACCUUCCUCAAAAUUCCCUCGCCAAGAUGAUGGUCGAUCCAUUUGAAGUGCGCAUGCGCUUCACUACACAGCUUCAGCAUCUAAGCGCAUCGGUCACGUCUUCGCAAAAGGCAGCGCAUUAUGCACUCAAAUACCGUGAUCUGGACGAGGAUCUUCAUUCCUGUAUCCUAGAACAAAUCGAGAGAAACAACAUGAACAACCGCGCAAACAUUAUGUCUUUCAUCGAACACUUUUGUGAAAUGGCCACUAAAGAAGACCACCUUCCCUACGUCCGCAUGAUGCAGCGUGACAUUCUCAGAGUUGUGGACGCAGUUGUCCCACCCGAUGGAACAGGAGCUGCCAACGUUAAACAUGUCCGCCUCGUCCUUGACAGCAUGCAAGGCAAGGGAAUACUGUCCGCCAAAACCGUUACCGAAAUUGAUGCAGCCCUCAAAGACCGCGACACGCACCCCGCACACCUUGAUCUCGAGGACGAGGAAGAAGAGGGGCCAGAUGAUAGCGUGAGAUCUAAGACCGAGACCCCACGCAACCCCAAGGCGUCUGGAAUGCGCGUCGACAAACGACAGAUUGAACAGCGCAUCGAAGAGGACCGUGAGCGAAACAAGCGACUGCGAGAGAGUAUGUGGGCCGUGGAAGGAGACGAUGAGAAGGAAUGGUUGAAAAUCCUGGAUGAAGUGAGCGAUAUCGGUUCCGAUGAUUACAGGAAUGCCGCAGAGGAAGCUGCGGAGCGCCAGCUCUGUGCCGACCAACAUAGGGCUGAUGUCUUGAAGCGAUUUGCAGAGGGGCAUUGA